AUGUCAGAACUCCGUACCAUUACUAUUGAUGAAGUAGCCCAGCAUAGUGAUGAAGAGUCAUGUUGGAUUAUAAUCCACGGAAAAGUAUACGACGUGACAAAAUUCCUGGAAGAGCAUCCUGGAGGAGCGGAAGUUAUCACACAGAUGGCAGGACUGGAUUCAACUGCGGAAUUUGAUGAUGUCGGCCACUCGAAGGAUGCGAUGGAAAUGGCGAAGGAAUAUCUAAUCGGACAAUUACCAGAAGAUGAAGUGCCUGAAGUGAAAGCUCUCGUCCCUCCAACACCUGCUCAACCCGUUGCAAAGCCUUCCGCGGUGAAAGAGUUUCUGACGUCUUCAACAUUUGCCAACAUCUGGAUUCCAACAACAAUGGGAAUCGGAAUCUAUGUCUUCUACAAAUGUGUUUUGAAAUCUCAAACAGUUUCGGUUUAUUAA